ACAAAUUGCAAUGACGUUCCGUUGAGAGCGGUCGUUCGUUCGUUCGUGCGGGAUUCAUUGUAACUGGCGUAAUAUUGUGAGACAUUAAUUGUUUCCGAUUGCACCGGCGGUCAUUCGCUAGCUUCUAGCUAUGGCGGACGAUGAUACUGCUUGUGAUGACGGAACUGAUCUUAAGGCGGGGCAGGCGUUUAAGCUUCGAGGCCGCAAGGGUGCCCUGAAGAAGAAGAAUGUUUACCUGGUGAAAGACCACAAGUUUAUGCCGAGGUUCUUCAAGCAGCCGACAUUCUGUUCCCACUGCAAAGACUUCAUAUGGGGAUUCGGUAAACAAGGCUUCCAGUGCCAAGUAUGCAGUUUCGUGGUGCACAAACGAUGCCACGAAUAUGUCACGUUCACGUGUCCCGGGGCAGACAAAGGGGCAGAUUCCGACGACACUCGUACCAGGCACAACUUCAAAUCGUGCACGUACUCGUCGCCGACGUUCUGCGACCACUGCGGCUCGCUGCUCUACGGGCUCCUCCACCAGGGCCUCAAGUGUCAAGCAUGCGACAUGAACGUGCACAAGCGGUGCGAGGAGUCGGUGCCGAACCUCUGCGGCUGCGACCACACAGAGCGGCGCGGGCGCAUACAGCUCACCGUGUCGUGUGUCGGCAACAAGCUCACUGUAGUCGUGAAGCAGGGCCGCAACCUGAUACCGAUGGACCCGAACGGCCUGUCCGACCCCUACGUGAAGCUCAAACUGAUCCCGGACUCGGACAAUGUCAAGAAAAAAACCAAGACGAUCCGCAGCACGUUGAAUCCGGAGUGGAAUGAGACGCUCACCUUCGAUCUCAAGCCUGAGGACAAGGACAGGCGGUUGCUGCUUGAGAUUUGGGAUUGGGAUCGUACUUCCCGCAACGACUUCAUGGGCUCCCUCUCGUUCGGGAUAUCUGAGCUGAUGAAGGCUCCCGCGGACGGCUGGUUCAAACUCCUCACCCAAGAGGAAGGUGACUACUACAACGUCCCUGUGCCAGAAGAAGGCGCUGACUUGGCUCAGUUAAAGAACCAAAUGAAGGCGACCAACGUUCAGGCCCGUCGACCUCCACCGCCUGAUCGAGAGGUGCCCCAUAAUAUGGCAGCCGCUGACGUCAUCCGAGCGACUGAUUUCAACUUUAUUAUGGUACUGGGCAAAGGAUCCUUUGGAAAGGUGAUGCUAGCGGAACGUCGUGGAACAGAUGAACUGUACGCCAUCAAGAUCUUGAAGAAGGACAUCAUCAUACAGGACGAUGAUGUGGAAUGCACUAUGGUGGAGAAGCGUGUUCUGGCGCUCAGCAGCAAGCCGCCGUUCCUGGUGCAACUGCAUUCUUGCUUCCAGACUAUGGAUCGUCUGUACUUCGUGAUGGAGUACGUGAACGGCGGAGAUCUCAUGUUCCAGAUCCAGCAGUGCGGCAAAUUCAAGGAACCGGUGGCUGUCUUCUACGCGGCUGAGAUCGCAAUAGGCCUCUUCUUUCUGCACUCCCGCGGCAUUAUCUACCGAGAUCUAAAGCUCGACAAUGUCCUCCUCGACCAAGAUGGCCACAUCAAGAUCGCUGACUUCGGCAUGUGCAAAGAGGGCAUUACGGGCGACAAAACCACCAAGACCUUCUGUGGUACACCAGAUUAUAUCGCUCCGGAGAUUAUUCUGUACCAGCCGUAUGGGAAAUCUGUGGAUUGGUGGGCGUAUGGGGUGCUCUUGUAUGAGAUGCUGGUGGGACAGCCGCCGUUCGAUGGGGAGGAUGAAGAGGAACUGUUCGCUGCUAUAACGGACAAUAGCGUGUCGUAUCCGAAGACUCUGAGCAAGGAAGCGAAAGAUGCGUGCAAGUCGUUCCUAACGAAGGUUCCGCUAAAGCGUCUCGGUUGCGGGUCGCGCGGCGAGGAGGACGUGCGCACACACCCGUUCUUCCGCAGGAUCGACUGGGCACGGGUCGAGGCCAGGGAUGUGCAGCCGCCCUUCAAGCCUAAGAUCAAACACCGCAAGGACGUGUCGAACUUCGACAAGCAGUUCACGGGCGAGAAGACGGAGCUGACGCCGACCGACAAGCUGUUCAUGAUGAACCUCGACCAGACCGAGUUCAUGGGCUUCAGCUUCCUCAACCCGGAGUACGUGCAGCACGUGUGAAGUGGUCAAACGAAACAUCACUCUUGGUAUAUUUUAGCGUGACUGACGUAUUGGCCUUGAAAUCACCAACUAUUGUCUGUCUCUGUCGCUCAUACGAUACAUCGUGUCUAUCUCACUCACUCAUAUGGACUCGACACCAAAACUGCUCUUCGAAAUCUCGUUUCAAUUGCUCAUUCCCGUGUUAUAGUGAUUUAUUUUACGAGUGGUAUUAGUCAAGUAUUUCCCAUCCCUAGCGACAUGACUUGGUUUAGUAGAUAUUAUUUAAUGGUGGCAAUAAUUUUGUUGUUUAUCAACUGUAAAGCAAUAUUUGUAUAAGCUCUCUAAUUAAGUAUCUAUGUUUUUUUUUCUUGCUAGUUCAUGUAAAUGCUUUUUAACCUUAUAUAUUUUUAUUAUAUUUCUCCAUUAAAUAUCGCGAUCUUGGGGCCACUUCUAUUCAUACGAUUUUUAUAUCAUGUUAUUUUUUUUAACUUUACGCGUUUCUCGCCUUUAUUGGUAUCGUUUUAAAGUCUAUAAUCGUAUUUCACAUAUCAGUGUGUAUGUCGUGUCGUGCGGAUGGCUUAGGUAUAAUGUAAUUAUCGUUAUUUAUUUAUUUUUUUAUGUUUUAUUGUUGUUAAGUAUUAUCGGGGGUAGCGGUAUGUUUGAUUUGACAUUUUUUUGCAUUUUUUGGUCAUUUCAACUCAGAACGUCGUUGAGUAAACACGUCACGCGUGGUAAAAAUGAAUAAAGAUUAGUAAAUUAUUUACCUCGAGUAUCGCUAUUCCCGAAAAAAAAAUAUUUAAUUGUCUCAUACAGAAUCUCGAUUUAAUUUUAUUGAGAUUGUUAAUAAAAUCAGUACGGCUGUAUUU